AUGGACCCUCUCAGCGUCACCGCAAACGUGAUUACGGUAUUGCAGGUCGCCAACUCCAUUAUAACAAUAUGCUACGAAGUCCGUUCAGCGCUCAAGCAGAGUCCUUGGUCCCUCACCAGAACCAUCGACGAGAUAAGAGACCUCCGAAAUGUGUUGGAGAGCUUAGAACAGGUCUGCCGCGCGCUCGACACAUCAAAAGAGUCCGACACAGCACGUUUCCGCACAUUCCGACUACUAUGCGAGUCCGAGACCAGCCCGUUAAGCCGCUGCCUCCAGGAGCUAUCGGAUCUAGAGAAGAAGAUCAACUCCGGCAAGCAGACUCCUGGAAGGUCAACUCUGUUGGCGAAAGCGCGAGUGUUCACCCAGGUUAUGGGUUGGCAGCUGAAAGAAGGUGACGCGAAAGUAUGUCUGGAAAGAAUAGAGCGGAAGAUGACCAUCUCUCUAAACGAGACCACGGCCCAUGUGCAUGGCAAUGUUUCCAAGCUCCUCACUAGGAUAGAGAGCGCAGAACUAGAUGAUCGACCCGAGCUCUUACACAUUGGCUUGCUCCAGUGA